CCUGGGUUCGAGUCUGUACCCCGGCGUCCCGGGCCUCCCGAGGUGCCCCCCCACACACCCCGGAGAGGCAGAGCAGGCCCAGGCUCGCCCUCCCCGUCGGGCCAGGAGCCCUCAGGGAGCUUUAGUGCGGGGCCACGCGGGGCCUGCGCGACCUCGUCCCUAGAGAAGGGCUGAGCGGGGCUGCGGCGGGGAGGACCGGCCGAGGGCUACCAGGGCACUUCUGGGUACUCUGUCUCCAAUCUACUCCAUCUCCCAAAUGUACCACAGGGAAAAUGGAAGAGCUGAGUCAAGUCCUGGCUAGUAGCUUUUCUGUGUCCCAAGAUCUGAACAGCACAGCUGCCCCACACCCCCGCCUGUCCCAGUACAAGUCCAAGCACAGUUCCUUGGAGCAGAGUGAGCGGCGGCGCCGGUUAUUGGAACUGCAGAAAUCCAACCGGCUGGAUUACGUGAAUCAUGCCAGGCGACUGGCUGAAGAUGACUGGACAGGGAUGGAGAGUGAGGAAGAGGAAGAUAAGAAAGACGAUGAAGAGAUGGACAUUGACGCCGUUAAGAAGUUACCAAAACGCUAUGCUAAUCAAUUGAUGCUCUCUGAGUGGUUAAUUGACGUCCCUUCAGAUUUGGGACAGGAAUGGAUUGUGGUCGUGUGCCCUGUGGGAAAAAGAGCCCUGAUCGUGGCCUCCAGGGGCUCCACCAGCGCCUACACCAAGAGUGGUUACUGUGUCAACAGGUUUUCUUCCCUUCUGCCCGGAGGCAACAAGCGAAACUCAACCACAGCAAAAGACUACACCAUUCUGGACUGCAUUUACAGCGAGGUGAACCAAACCUACUAUGUUCUAGAUGUGAUGUGCUGGCGGGGACACCCUUUUUAUGACUGCCAGACUGAUUUCCGAUUCUACUGGAUGCAUUCAAAGUUACCAGAAGAAGAAGGACUGGAAGAGAAAACCAAGCUUAAUCCCUUUAAAUUUGUGGGACUGAAGAAUUUCCCUUGUACUCCUGAAAGCCUGUGUAAGGUGCUGUCUAUGGACUUCCCUUUUGAGGUAGAUGGACUUCUCUUCUACCACAAGCAGACCCACUACAGCCCCGGAAGCACCCCUCUGGUGGGCUGGCUGCGCCCCUACAUGGUGUCAGAUAUUCUCGGCAUAGCGGUGCCCUCCGGCCCGCUGACCACCAAGCCAGAAUAUGCUGGGCACCAGCUCCAGCAGAUUAUUGAGCACAAGAGGAGCCAGGAAGGCAUGAAGAAGAAAGUCACACACAAGGCAUCUGACUAUGAGUUGGAACACCUGUCUACUCCUAGGCUGGAGAGCCCUCCCCAUAGCCUGGAACCCCCUGGGAGCCUCAUGGAGAACUAAUAGGGCAGCCCCUUGGGGAGUCACAGGAUGGUGCUUCAUCCCAGAAGUACGGCUGGAGAGGAGGACGGUGACAACACCAGGUUACUUCAUUUUAGAGUGGACUUAGCAAAGCCACUCCAGCUGGAGACAGCUUAUCUCCUAUCUGAAAUGCUGGCUCGGGCAGUUGAGGGAGGUUCCCAGAUUGGGUGGUCUUUGGAUGUGAGCAGUAAUUUGGGUGAAAAGUGUAUCCCAGAUAUCCAAAUGUAAAUAUAUGUAAUUCUUACGAAA